AUGGCAGGCACCGGGUUGCCAUUCCUCGUCGCAUGGGCUUGCGCCUGCGGCGCGUCCAGUUUAGGCAUCCACCAACUGGAGAAGAACGCGUUUCUACAGGCUUCAGACGACAGCAGGGGCUGCGCGGCCCUCUCGAACCGCGGCACCCACUUCACGAUCGACGUGGAGGUCGGUACACCUCCGCAGACGUUCAGCGUGGUGGCAGACACGGGCAGCAACUCCCUGAUCAUCCCGUCGUGCCACUGCCAGAGAGCGGGCAAGUGCGACAAGACCGACAGGUGCUUCGUUGGCUCGAACAAGUCCUCGAGCUUUCACCUGGAGGUCGGCGAUGACCAGGAACCUGUGUCUAUGGUUCUCUCCUUCGGCAGCGGCCAGAUCCAGGCUGUGGUGGCACAGGAGCAGGUGCGCGUGGGCCAGGUCAACGCUUCACUGCAAGACGGCCUGCUUCUCAUGACGGACCGCGCACUGAACAUCAAUGGCCCUUUCGAGGGCAUCCUUGGCCUGGGCUUGCCGCAGCCGCCGACAAAUUGGACCGCAGUGCAGGAGCAGGAGAGCAAGCAGGAGACUGCCGUGGCCGGCGGCCAAAGCAUGGAAGACAUGAUCAAGCAGAUCGUGGGCCAGAUGGGCGCCUCCGGGCCCGAAGGCGGCCAGGCGGCCUUGCCUGAACAAAACAUGCGCAAGGCUCUGAAGGCCGCUCUCGAGAUACCCAAGCGUCAACACCGUGACUCGCCCACGGGUUUCCUGGAGCAGGCCGGGAUCGACCGCUUCUCGAUGUGCUUCAACGACGGCGGCGACGGCGUCCUGCGAAUUGGCGAAUCUCCUCUGGAGCACGGCCUCGGCGGCAUGGGCACCCAGCACUGGGGCGUGGACUUUCGGGGCAUCUCGGUGGGCAGCACGGCGGUGGGGGAUGUGCUCUUCUGCCACGGCACGAACAUGACGAAGGAUCAGAGGUCGCCCUGUGGUGCCAUCCCCGACUCUGGCACCACGUUGCUGAUGGGCCCGAAAGAGCACAUCAGUGCCGUCUUGGAGGGCAUCUGCGACGGCUGGGACCGCUGCCGCCAGAACUUCACCAAACUGGAGGAGGCCGAGAAGAUUGCGAGCGAGGCCAUGCAAAAGCACUACGGGACGAACGUCUUCCACAUGCAGGGUACCAUAAGCAAGUCCGACGUGUUGCAGCUGCUUCUCAUGGACUGCGACUCCUGGGGGCAAGGGGGCAUGGACGAGUUGCCCGACCUCCACUUCCACAUCCGCGGGAGCGACGGCAAGGCUCAGGCUUUGAAGAUCCCAGGGCACAUGUACGUCAUGGAGAUGUCAGGCGACCAGGCCGAGAGCGCUCUGAAACUUCUCGAGGGCGUGGGCAGCAUCCCCGCGAACACCAGCCUGGCGAAGUCGAUGAAGAAGGUCUGCACCCCGAUGUUCGGAGAGAUGGACUACAAGACCUCGGGCAACGGCCCCGUAUGGAUCCUUGGGACCCCGAUCUUCUACGAGUACGCGGUCGGCUACGACAUGAAGGCGUCGCCCCCGGCCAUGUCCUUCACCUCCCAGAGCGAGCAGCCUUGCGGCAGUUGCAAGGCCACAGUGAACCUGGCGAUGUCCAAGGCGACGACCAAGAUGAGAAACGAGCAGACUGCGAAGGCGACCUCGCGCGGCCCUCGCCGCGGCAUCGGGCCGCCUCGCGUGCCACGCAUCGACACGACACGCCCGUUGUGA